AUGCAAUAUACCCCUUCUUGCAGCCAGCGAAAGCAAGGUCAAUACCUCGCUGGACAUUAUUCAUCACGUCAGCCCACCGGCACCAUCACCUCGACAGAACAAGUCCACGAGAUCCUCAGAUUUCUCUGGGAUUGCAUUCAUCCAACUUCAGCAACCAUGGCACUCUCCUUCAGCCCCUCCACAGACCCCGACAGUAUCAACAGCAGACUGAGGCGUCUCAUGUCCCGGAAAAGGAUUAGAAGCAAGAAGCAGGAAAAGGGAAGGGCAGUACCUCUAGACUCGCCGGCACCCAUUACUCCCAUCGUGGCUCUCGCCAAAAGACACGACCCCUGCUCUUUCAGGACCCGGCUCUCCGACGCAGAACUCGGCCCUGAGCUUGGUUACUACGCGGCCAACCAUCUGGCGAACGACCACUGA